UCAUGUGCAUAUGCGCGUGGGCGGUUGAGCGCACACCCGGCCGGUACGAUCGGUUGGGCGAGAGGAACGCGACGCGCAUGCGCUCUGGGGAGAAUCCCUCGCGCGCAGGAAUCGACCGCUUCGGAGCCACGAUCGGUUGGCUUGCGAUCGUUCUCCUUCCGGCAGCCCCGAACUCCCGAACGAAGAGAAACAUGGCCGACGCAGUGGAUGGGACUCCGUCCGCUCAACAGCAUAUACCGCGAAAACGCUUCACAAUAGUCGACGACCUACUCCUCUUGCGGGAAGUCCUUGCCCGCAACCCCUUCGAAGCGUCGUCGCAAUGGUUUGAUAUUGCGGAGCGCCUGAAUCUUGCGACAAAGAAGGGUUUCACAGCGAGAGGAGCCCGUGAGAGGACAGCACUCCUUGUGUCGCUUUUCAAAAAGGACGACAAAAUCAACUUGCGCAAAUCAGGGACAGAGGAGCAAUACCUCAGAAAAGAGAGAAUUCUACAAGAGGUUGUAGAGCUCCAGAGGGAUGUUGAGGGACGGCAAAGUCACAGCUCUGGGCAAGGGCGGCCGUCAAGUUCACCUGCUUCCACAGCAAAAGCUAGUGGUGCACAAAAUCAUGCACUGCCGGAGUUCAUGCAUCGCAAUUCUGGAGACAGCCUAGCAGCAGAUACAGAGGCAUCUGCGGAAAGCCUGUUUCUGCAGGCACACGAAAUGCAGGACGCCACAGCAGAUACUGAUGUGGGACCACCCGUGGAAACAGCUGCAGACAUGGGUGCCAACACUUCAUGCAUGGAGCCCCGUGUUCCGAGGCCAAGGAGCAUCUCCUCCAGUAGUUCUGACACAGCAGAGGAACAAAGGCUGACAAUUCCAAAUCCUGGCUUCAGACCACCCGAUGUUGAAAUCUCGACUUUGGGGUCGAGGAAACGAAUGCUCAGUCGCGGCAUGGAAUACGUGGAGGAAAAGAGGAAGGCUGAGAUGCAGCUCAGAAGGGAUCAACUCCAUCUAGAGCAGCGAAGGCUACGGCUUGAAGAAGACAGGCUGGAGUUAGAACGAGAAAGGUUUCAGCUGAAAAGAGCAAGAUUUGAGCACGAGUCUGCCCUGGCUACAAGGCGCCUGGAACUGGAAGCGGAAGAAAGAAAUCGCCAGGGAGAACUGAUGAAACUCCUCGUAGACAGGGUAUUAAAUACGUAGAAACAUU